CGUAUGGCUACAAUUGCGGAUAUAGCUACAGACAUUUAAAUGAGUCCUUUUGACAUAACAGCAGGACGAAUAAUCGAUCACUGAUAGGGUAAAAAAAUAAUGUGCGCGACCGAUUUUCGAAGGAAGUGUUGAAUCCUGGCUGGUGAAGACUAAAACUGGCAAAUUGACAAGUUAGUGAUGGCAGAGGGCUUUUUGAUGGAGGUAUGUGUGGACAGUGUGGAGUCUGCCAUCAACGCAGAGAGAGGAGGUGCUGGUCGGCUAGAGCUGUGUUCUAGUUUACUAGAGGGGGGAAUCUCCCCCAGUAUAGGUCUGCUGCAGGUGGUGAAGCAGUAUGUGCGUAUUCCGGUCUACACCAUGAUCCGUCCACGUGGAGGGGACUUCCUGUACUCAGACCGUGAGGUGGAGGUGAUGAGGAAAGAUAUUGAGCUGGUGAAGAGUCACGGGGCAGAUGGACUGGUGCUAGGAGCUCUGACUGAGGAUGGGAGAGUAGAUGCUGAACUCUGUAUGGAACUGCUAGCUGUGUCUCGUCCUCUACCUGUCACUUUCCACAGAGCCUUCGACAUGGUGCAUGACCCAGUGGUUGCCUUGGAAACUCUGGUGUCUUUGGGAUUUGAGCGUGUUCUGACCAGUGGCUGUGACUGUUCAGCUCUGGAAGGUCUGCCUCUCAUCAAACGGCUGGUGGAACAGGCUAAAGGGAGGAUAACAAUUAUGCCUGGAGGGGGUAUCACAGAACGGAAUCUACAGAGGAUUCUGGAAGGUUCUGGGGUUCUGGAGUUCCAUUGCUCUGCCCGCUCCAGUAAGGACUCUUCCAUGAAAUUCCGAAACUCCUGUGUAAACAUGGGCGCCUCAUUGACAGCUUCGGAGUAUGGCCUGAAGGUGGCAGAUGUGUGCAAAGUACGCACUCUGAAUGCUAUAGCCAAGAACACCUUGUAAUAAUGACACACACCUGAACUGCCUGUAUGGCUGCUGGAUAGCUCUGUCUUGAGCCCCUAUGGAUAGUAAGACCUCCUGGUCCUAUUGAGCAUAAUUCAAUAUUGUAUUGUAUUGCACUAUAGGGAAUAAGGCACCAUGUACAGCAAAUUGCUAUAAAUAUUAGCAAAGCGUAAUUUUAUUAAAUCCAGUUAUUGUUUGAAAAUAUAAAUUGAUAAAAUGUGUGGGGGGGGGGGGUCAUGCUUUUAUUGUGAAUUACUGUUCAAAGUGGUUAUUAAAACAUGCCC